AUGCCUCCUUCGAGAGGCUACGCAUCUUUGUCCUCCUCAGCUCCGGUACAGAGGCCGAUGUGCAUAUUCUCAGGUAUACAGCCCACGGGAGUGCCCCAUAUCGGCAACCUACUCGGCGCCCUUUUCAACUGGGUCUCGAUACAGAAUAGCCUUCAGGCCUCCAGGGCUUCCUCUUCAAGUACACCUCCGCCGGAACUCUACUUCUCCAUUGUCGGCCUGCAUGCCCUGACAAUACCACAGAAUCCGGCCACGCUAGCCCAAGAGCGGAAAGACAUGCUUGCCUCCCUACUAGCGAUCGGCCUCGACCCAGAGCAAAGCACCAUCUACCAUCAAGACGAAGUAGGCGAGCAUGCGCAGCUGCAUUGGCUAUUGAGCUGCCUGGUGUCGAUGGGUAGGCUGAGGCGCAUGACUACUUGGAAGGGAAAGAUCGCGACGGCCAGAGGGACAGCGACGCCGGUAGAGCCGGAGCAAGGCGGUCCCACAGCAGGGGAGGCAGAUGAGGGGAUUGCGGACGUGGACGAGGAGCAUCGCGAUCUAUCUCUGGGUCUCUUCUCCUAUCCAGUGUUACAGGCAGCUGAUAUUCUCCUCUACAAGGCUACGCAUGUGCCCAUCGGUCAGGAUCAAGUGCAACACCUCGAGCUCGCAAGGGAUAUUGCCGCUACCUUCAAUAAGCGUUUCCCUUCCUCUCACACAACACCAAAGAGCAGCAAGAGCAGAAGGGAACCGCCUUUCUUCCCCCUGCCUCAACCCCUAAUCACCUCGACGCCCAAGAUCCUCUCCCUACGAGACCCUACGGCGAAGAUGUCCAAGUCAGCGCCGGACCCAGCCUCGCGCAUCCUUCUCACCGACGACGACACUGCCAUUCGCGCAAAGGUGAAGCGAGCAGUCACUGACACAGAGCGAUCCAUCAGCUUUGACCCAGAGGGAAGACCAGGUGUGAGCAGUCUGCUCAGUAUCAUCGCCGCGCUUCGUUCUUACCAGGCACAACAGACGCAGAGCACUCUCGAUCCUUUCGCAGCCGCAUCUGCCGGGGUCACUCCCAAAGAAGUAGCACAGCAGCUCGACUCUAGCGGGGGUGGCCAUGCUCUUCUGAAAGAGACAGUUACUUCUGCCCUGAUCGAGGUAUUGGGCCCAAUACGAGAACGCUUUCAGCAGCUCAAGGAGCGAGAGGCCCAGAGCGGCUAUUUGGAGCAGGUCGCUGCUUUGGGGAGAGAGAAGGCUAGCGUACGGGCAAAGGAGACGCUAGGUGAGGUGAAGGAGAGGAUGGGCUUGAGAUAG